GCCCCGCCUCUCAGCACCGGCCCCGGAGCCCGGUCCGCGAGCGGCGGCGGCGGCGGCGGCCGGAGGGACCAUGAGCGGCGCGGCGCGAGCGGGCCCGGCCCGGCUCGCGGCGCUGGCCCUGCUGACUUGCAGCCUGUGGCCGACGCGAGCGGACAACGCGAGCCAGGAGUACUACACGGCGCUCAUCAACGUGACGGUGCAGGAGCCCGGCCGCGGCACCCCGCUCACGUUCCGCAUCGACCGCGGGCGCUACGGGCUCGACUCACCCAAGGCCGAGGUCCGCGGCCAGGUGCUGGCACCGCUGCCCAUCCACGGAGUUGCUGAUCAUCUGGGCUGUGAUCCUCAAACACGGUUCUUUGUCCCUCCUAAUAUCAAACAGUGGAUCGCCUUGCUACAAAGAGGAAAUUGCACCUUUAAAGAGAAAAUAUCACGGGCUGCUUUUCACAAUGCGGUUGCUGUAGUCAUCUACAAUAAUAAAUCCAAAGAGGAGCCGGUCACCAUGACUCAUCCAGGCACGGGAGAUAUUAUUGCUGUCAUGAUAACAGAAUUGAGGGGUAAGGAUAUUUUGAGUUAUCUGGAGAAAAACAUCUCUGUACAAAUGACAAUAGCUGUUGGAACUCGAAUGCCGCCAAAGAACUUCAGCCGUGGCUCUCUAGUCUUCGUGUCAAUCUCCUUUAUUGUUUUGAUGAUUAUUUCUUCAGCGUGGCUCAUAUUCUACUUCAUUCAGAAGAUCAGGUACACAAAUGCUCGGGACAGGAACCAGCGUCGUCUUGGAGACGCAGCCAAGAAAGCCAUCAGUAAAUUGACAACUAGAACGGUGAAAAAGGGCGAUAAGGAAACAGACCCAGACUUCGAUCACUGUGCAGUCUGCAUAGAAAGCUAUAAGCAGAAUGAUGUUGUUCGGGUUCUCCCCUGCAAGCAUGUUUUCCACAAAUCCUGUGUGGAUCCCUGGCUCAGUGAACACUGUACCUGUCCUAUGUGCAAACUUAAUAUUUUGAAAGCCCUAGGAAUUGUGCCAAAUCUGCCAUGUACUGAUAAUGUAGCCUUUGAUAUGGAAAGGCUGACCAGAACCCAAGCGGUUAACCGGAGAGCAGCCCUUGGUGACCUUGCCGGUGACAGUUCCCUUGGCCUUGAGCCACUGAGAACUUCGGGGAUAUCGCCUCUUCCUCAAGAUGGGGAGCUCACUCCUCGCACGGGUGAAAUCAACAUUGCAGUAACAAGUGGGCACGUCUUUCACCAGAACUCCCUGUCGCCACGCAGCCUGGUGUAUGAAAGUGAAUUCUCCACAAUUGAACCUUCUUUGGACAUGUAUGAUGAGAACAAAACCUGAUUUUUUUAAAAAGUGGGUUAUUGGGGGUCUCUCCUUUUGAGAUUUGAUUUAUGGUCACCUUUCUUACUUUGUAUUCCUCUGUCAUCGUCCAUCUGGGAAGAAUGGCAGUACCUCUGGGCACAAGUUGGGGUUCAGGGUUAAAUUACAGUGUUCCCCCAAGGUGAGGUUUGAUGGCAGCAUUAUUGCGCGAGUGAGCCUCGUGGUACCACCCAGAGCUGACCACUGAGCAUGGGCACCUCAGGAGCCUUGCUGUUUCCAGAGAAGAGGUGGGGCCAGCGGUUAAUGGUGCGUUUGUUGCAAAUGUGUCCGUGUCCCCAAAUAAUCGCACGCUGUUCUGUGUCGGGUUGGCAUGGGGGUUUUGUAAAAUACAUUUUGUGGUCCUCACAUGCACAGGAAAGCCUGCAGAUGAACAGUCCCACCAGUGCAGAGUAUGAGUCACGGCUCCUCCCCCCGCUUCCCUUUGUCCUCAGUCUCUUACUGUAUGUUCUGGUAAAAGGCCUCUUCCCAUAGAGAGUCCUUCAGGAGACGCUUCACCUUCCUUUCUCCCUGUGAGACUCCGACCUCCUGUUGUCCUCCAGAGCUGGGAGGACACAGGCCAUGGGGCCCAGAGUCUGCCGUCACAGGAUCAGUCAUCUGCUUUGUCCCUUUCCUGCAUCUGUGAUGGGCAUGACAUAAGAUGACAAGGAUUUACAUAGGCACUGGACAUGGGAGGCAUCUGUCCCUGCUGUCUGUGGUAUCUAUGGGGAGGUGACACCAGGAGUCUAGCACAAUGACCGCACAGUAUCGAUAAGGUUAACAGUCAUCAACACCAAAAUAAUUUUGAAUGUUUUAUUGGGAAGUGCAAACCAACAUCCUACUAUUAAAUACCAAAUGGGGCCUCCUCCUUCUCCAUCUUGAUUGUCCAAUCCAGUGCCAUCCUGCCAGCCUCAGCACCAACAUGAAAGAAACACUGGAGCGCUGGCAACCAGACUUACAGAAGAGGAUGCUGUGGCCAGCAUGGUGGACACUGGGGACAUGUGUGCUCUUCCCACACAUCCAGAAUGACAUCAAGUUAACAGAUGAGGAACUUGUGGGACCAGGAUCAGCAGAACACCUCCUUUCUGCAGAAGUUUGUGCCACGGUCAGCCUGCUUCUCAUCAGAGCUGGGAAGAUGUCCAGACCCUUGUUAGGAGAACGCAACACUAGUGUCUAGCCGUGUGCGUGACAACACGACAGACGGAGGGGGACAGGCUCCCAUCAUGACACUUUUAUUGGCUCUAUGGGUCAUAAGUUUGAGGCACAUACAUUUCAUCUUCCCACGUGUGGCUUCUUCUCUGUCACAGCAUCUUGUAACAUCCCUCAAGAUCCUAAGAUGCCUCAGGUGCCCCUGUUCCUGAAGCAGACCCUCAGAGAGCCUGAGUGCUGACAGCCUGUGAGAACGUGGUGGCAGGGUGAGCCCCCGCGCUUGGCUUGAGGACUCGAGGCUGGACCGACAUCUAAGGUCUUACCUGCUUUCACUUUUACUGCUUACCAAGGGCUUUUGUCUUUCUUUUUUAUAGUCUUUGUACUAUAAAAAUAUUUUUGAUAAAGUUUCAAUAGAUUAUCGUUCUGAAAGACAGGUUCUCAGUGAGAGCAUUUCAACAGGAGACUAGACUCCCAGGGUCACAGGCUCAGGUGGAAGUGUUUGGUGUGGCGGACCAGAUGGAUGCUGGAAUUGCCAUGUUGUCUGAAGCCCGGCCUUGUCUUCUCCAUAACCAAAACUCAAAUCCCAGCUAAUCAUUUUCUUCAUGUCUAAUCUGUCUUAUAAAGGCAUAUACAUUAAGUUACAGUCUAGACAGUUACUUUACUGAAAAAAAAAAACAGAAUUGUUUGGGGAAAAAAAUUAAAUUGAGUCCUCUAAAAUCUACUGAGACAGUGUUUGAAUCCCUGGAAAAACUGGGACACGUGGUCACUGUAGAACAGCCAAGGAGGCAGUUCCUGUGAAGGGAUUCACUCAGAAUAGCUCUCCAGAUAUCCAAGUUGACCCCCUUCUCCUGAAAAUUGGGGCCACCUUCAACUCAGAUCCAGAUGUCCUGUCUUUGUCCGGAAGGUCAUUGGCGUCUUUGUUGGGGGCCAUGUGCUCUGGGAGUACAGAGGAUAGCAGCUUCCUUCCAGGAGCUAUGAUAAGGGGACAUGCCACGGAGUCACCCUGGAUACCCAGGUGGAGCUGGGUGCCAGCCAUUACUGGCUUAUGCCAUAGAGCACAUGCCUAUCAGGAUCUACAGACACAGGCAGCAUCAGCUGUGAACUAGGCUGCAGCAGCUUGAAUACAGAGGUUUAAGCCUUUGAGAUAUUUAGCUUCCUUGUGGAGGGGCCACUCUGGUCCCAUUACUUCAGGGAGAAAGGACAGCUGACUGGCCUGGACAUCCAGGUAUAAAGUCCCCAGAGUGUCUCCAGAAGUAAUGAAUGUAUCCAUCCAGGGUCCCACCUUUGUUCCCCUCUUGGGAAAGCCAGGCUCUACCAUCAAGAGUUUAAAACUCCCAAGGCCCACUAAGCCUUGCUUUUGAAUCAGCCUCCAUCUCCUGGACCUUCUGGUUGUUCCCUCGUAAGACACAUCCCUGAAAGCCAAUCCAUCAUGAAGCUGAGCCUCUACUUCUCAUCUGCUCUGAGGCACGAGAGACUGAGAUGCCAAAAUAUGUGGUCAGAAAGGCAUUAAAGCAAAGGUUGCUGACCCUGACUUACUAACUGGCUUGUCUGGUGGGCUUUGUAAGCCUUCCUGCUCUUCCUGCCCUUCACCUCCAUGUUCUCCCUCGUCUAUGCACUAAAUGACACGAAACUGAGGGGGGAAAGCCACUGUCCCUUUGCUGUUCACCUUCGCUCUGGGGGGUCCUUGUCCUGCUGCAAGAAAACAAGACUGUGAUUUCACAUCAGGGGUCUUCCUAACAAGGGCUCACUGCUCAUAAAUGUCAAGAAAGUAAACGGCUGAACUUAAAACUGGCAUUUCGAAGGGAAAGGCAAGACUGUGGGGUCAGUUUUGUCACCAGCCCUUUUUGUCUUUUUCUUUUUUGGUUUUCAAAAUGGGGAUUUUCUGUGUAGCCCUGGCUGCCCUAGGACUCACUCUGUAGACCAGGCUGGCCUCAAACUCAGAGAUCCACCUGCCUCUGCUUCCCAAGUGCUGGUUUGAAAAGCAUGUGCCCCCCACACCUAGCCUGUUGACCGUCUUUUUAUAAAGUUCUCACUGUGUAUCUGACUGGUGCACCCGGAGUGAAGACAGAGUAGUCAUGAAGACUUGAGAGGCUGGGGGUGCAUCUCGGCACUCAAGCCCUUCAGUGGUUGGGCAUAUUUGACUGUCCUGGAAACUGGCAUGUUGGCAGCACUCUGCGGAGGGAGAGCAGGUGAGAUGAGGGUGAGCCUCAAGGGGACAGUUCCCUGGGCACGGGUGGAAGGGAAGAGUGCAGCCUACCAAGUCUGGGUAGAGACGGGUCAUGAGGAGCAACAGGAGUAAGGCAGGUUCCUUGGGCUGAAGUCACCAUCUCCGCUUCUGGGCCCAGGGAAGCUCUAGGGUCUGUUUGGGAAAAGAACACUAUAAGCUGCAGGCUGUGUGAGAGGCAGAAGGCAGAUGGGCCCUGCUGGGGCUGGUAUCCUAGCGGUUGGCUUGGGACCAAGGGACCCCAGACUGAGCUGACUAAACGUAGGAAAAAGGAAUGAGUGAGCUGUGAGAUAGAAGUAGAAGGUAGAUUUCUAACCUCGGUGAUUGAGUGAAUAUUAACAGGACCCAGCCCCAGUGAUGUCUGCCGGAUCCCACAUCCUGAGAGGCCCUGCGUCUUCCCCUCCCCAGCCCUGUGAGAGGUGUGUGCACUGGGCGCGCAUGCACACCCUGACAGAAGUAGAUGCUCAGUGCCAAUGAUGGUGCCAGCCAGAGAGAAACUGGGCUAGGUACCACUGACUGGGAUGUACAGCACACAGAAAAGGCUAUUGGAGACUCUGAUGUAGAGAAAUGAUUGUGCGAGGUUUCCCCACUCAAGAAAGGUGGGCCUGGCAGCUCUCAUCCUCCAGUGUUCAGAAUGGGAGGGCUGUGCCCUUAAACUCAGAGGCAGCGUGAGGAGGUGAGAAUAAGGAAUCAUUCACACAGGGCGACUGUCUUGAUACCCACAGCUUAAAACAAGCACCUUUCCAUGCAGAUCCACUCAGUGCUUACAAACAGUCCAUGGGGUUUGAGCCCUGUGGGUGCAUCAUUUUUAACCUGUCUGGAAAGAGGGAAUUGUUUAAGAUGCUUAGAUGUGGUUGAGAUUACGGCCAGACUCUGAAAGAUGGCUUACAAGCUGUAAGUGUGGUGUCAGAAAAGGACCAGAAGGAAUGCUGGGACUGAGGUGCCUGUGUUAGGACCUUGCUUGCCUGGUGUUCCUGGAAACAGCAGGGGAAAGCAAAGUAGUUGGGAAAGCUGCUCUUGCAGACUCCUUGUAUCUAUCUGGCUGGCUGUCCCCUCGGCUCUCUGCAGAUUCCAGUAUUUACAGGUCACAUCAGCCUCCUAAAGCCUGAGCGUGAGGGCUGAAGUUUGUGGUCAGGAAGCCCCUUUGUAGCCAAGGAACUCCUGGGCUCUGGCAGGGUUGGUGGGCUCCUCCCUUCUUUAUGGGUAUUCCCAGAAAGCUGACCUUUGAUGAGGACAGGCCAGGUGAGCCCUGGGAUAAAAACAGUCACCUGUGUUUUCCAGAGCUGUGACCCCCAUCAGUCUGUAGUGACCACAGAGGCAGAGAGAGCUGUCAGCCUUGGCUGCUAAAAGGGUGACAUUUCUACAUUACAGACACGGUUCUGAGGACCCUAAUGCGGCCCUGUGGAAGCUGCUCCUCCUGUGAUUAUCCUCCUGCAGUCCUCCUAGGCUCGAUACACUUUCCUCCCCGCUUUCUUCACUCUGACUUGGGGAAGGAAGAAGAAACACGGCAAAGGGCAGAACAGCCGUUAAACUCUGUGCAACCCAAGCAUUGAGAUUCCAGGAGUAUUCAUGGCCUCCAGAGUAACUUAGGCCUCCACCCUGGGAUCCAUUGGGCCCCUCCUAUUGACUCUUUAAGACAGGCUUGAGGUGGCCAGGACCCCAUUCCACAGCCUAAAAGUAGAAUCUUUCUCAGGCCUUGGUGGAGCCCUCACCCAGCCGUUAGCACCUCCCUCACAUCCUCACUCCUCUCCCGAGGAAAGGCUGAACACCAAGCAGCGUCCCCCCCUGUGGUGGCCCUCCAUCUCCUUACCUUCCAGCAUCCCCAAAACAUUUGAUGCUGACAUAUGUCAUUUCUCUCCAUCUCAACUCCACUUUCUGAGCAGGUACAUGCACCUGGAAGGAACAUGUUGGCCACCCACAAGCCCACAGCUGCCAUCUUAGACCCUCCUCCCAGACUGGCAACAGUUAACAUUGUACUGAGCUACAUUUUUACAAAUUUAACCCAACAGAAAGUGGAUUCUAACCUGCUUUUGGAAUUAUCCUUCAUCCACAAAUAAGUCUAAAUGUAUUUGCAUUAUGAUAUUAAUGGACUUUUCUAAUGACUGGAAGGUACUAAACCAAGAUAUUUGUUCUUAAAAAAAAACCAAAAAAACAACAUGUGGGAGGGUGUAACAUCACAACUCAUAUUUUUUCCUUUAGGUAAGCAAGCUGCCCCUGCCAACUGCCACCCAUGCUUUAUGCCUCCAUCAGUAGGUUUGGCCUGGUUCUACACCUAGACCUUUUAGGGGCAGCCACAGCACAUGCCACCUCCCUGACAGCCCUGGCUGGCUUGCUGACCCAGCUAGAAUACAGCUCUCUUGUCUGGUACUUGGGGUGGAAUCUGGUAUCUUCAGCCUAGCAUGGGAAGUAAGAUAGACUCUUGAGUGGCCAUACCUCACCCAAGUAAACUGCACCAAUGUUGUUUACGGGGACAGAAAAGAGUCCAAGCUGAGAGGAGAUGUGGGCGUAAGGUGGGGAAAACCAUUGCCCCCUAGACAUGCCACUUCGGUAAGAGAGAAAUCAGUUUAAAUUCUAGGCCCCAUGUGUCGCAGUUGUUUUUGACCCUCAGUAGCUUUUACAGACACUCGUAGAAAACACUGAAGUCACCCCUUUCAUAUCUGGAUCAUUCAAAGAGCCCCACUCACUCCAGGUUCCUGUUGACUAUGCACAACAUUUCAGCAGACAGCAUACAAAACUAUUUUUCUAACCUAAGCACAGGUAACUUGGGGUGAGGAAGCUCAGAACAUGCCUUAGGCAGACGGCAAGGUGGGACACCUGGAGGGAUGAGAGGGACGCUGUGCACUGGACUUCCUCUCACCAGUGGGUGGUUUGCGGCAGAAGGAGCACACAUCAAGUAUUCAGAUAGCAAGAGUGCUCAUUGAUGCAAUGUGCGACUUCACUGUAGGGGUUCCCCUGUCAAGAAUGCAGACAUCUUCACGUACAGUGUGAGCCGACUUCUUGACGGUCAGAUGUGUCAACCCCCUGGAAGUGGGCAGCACAACUCCUAGGUCCACAUGGUUGAUGUAAGUAUAAUUAAGUAGUGAAAUUGUCUGGCAUGAACCUCUAUGCCAAUAGUGUACACCUGUAUGUGUGGAAUUUGCUAAUAUAACCGUUUCAAUAAAACUCUGUUGAGAAAGC